AUGCUGUUUUUUAAGGAAACCUUCAAGGAGUUCUUCCCUGAUGCGUUAAGGGUAUCACCAGAGAGAACUCCGAGUGAACCUGAAUCAGAAAUGUCAAGUGACGAAACAGAGCAUCAAAAACCAGUGGUGACAAGUUUACCAAAACCCAGGAAGCAUAUUUUACCAGUCACAAGAAAACGUCCAGCAGCUAUAUUAUCAAUGGCAACAAUUCCAAAAUUAAAGAAGCCUACAGCUAAUCAAGUGGAGGUUUUUGAUACUGUAUCAACAGUGGUUGAACCAAAGAAAAUCAAGCUGGUUGUCCCGCAGGAUGCUCUUUUAAAACCAACUGAAAAUGUAGAAGUGGUAGGGGAAAUUGGAAAGUUUGAGAAGAAAAUUCAACCCAUUGAAAAUGUGAUACCACAGCCAGAGCCAGAACAAUCAGUAAUGAGUCGAAGAGAAUUGUCACAAAAUAGGCUCUCGUAUAGGGAAAUGGAAAGUUACCCGGUGUUCAAGAAUUACCAUCCAGGGCAGCCAUCAAUGAGGUUGUAUAUAAAAAAUUUGGCAAAAACGGUCACUGAGCAGGAUGUGAAAAGAAUUUACAGGUAUUACAUAGAUAAUCUUUCAGAGCAAGAGCAAAUUGGUUUUGAUGUCAGAGUCAUGCAAGAGGGGAGGAUGAAAGGCCAAGCUUUUGUCACUUUCCCUUCUUUAAAGAUAGCAGAGGCUGCUUUGUUGGAAACAAAUGGAUUUAUGUUAAAAGGGAAACCCAUGGUGGUAAACUUUGCUAGAGCGGCCAAUAAAAAGUCUGUUGAA